CAGCGAUUGUCACGCUGUGUCCCUUACGAGAAAACUUCAAGUUGUUUGCUCGUGGUCGAUUUUCCGGCGAAUUAAAUUAGACUUUUUGUCUUGAAAUCAAUUCCGGCCGGUAUUCAUAACAUAGGGAAAGCUGAGGUCCGUUCGUUCUGCCUCAAUCAAUACAAUUGGUCAAGUUUUACUGACCAAAAGUUGGGAUCUACUUGGGGUGCAGUGUGAAAUUUCCGGGUGUACGUGCGCUAUUUUAUUAUUUUAAUCAUAUUGUGAUUCUGACGGAAAAAUCGACAAGAUGCCUUCCAGCGAGCGUUUGCCACCGAAGGAGAGUGCCCUGUUUCGAAAGUUAUUGAAAUGCUACGAAAUGAAACAAUACAAGAACGGCUUGAAAUUAGCAAAACAAAUCCUGUCGAAUCCGAAAUUCACAGAGCAUGGGGAGACACUAGCGAUGAAAGGACUCACAUUGAACGGACUAGGUCGUCGCGAAGAGGCAUAUCAAUAUGUUCGACGUGGGUUAAGAAAUGACCUCAAGUCGCAUGUGUGUUGGCAUGUCUACGGUCUUUUACAAAGAUCAGAUAAAAAAUAUGACGAGGCCAUAAAGUGCUAUCGAAACGCAUUAAAAUGGGAAAAGGAUAACUUGCAAAUCCUAAAGGACUUGUCCCUAUUGCAAAUACAGAUGCGCGAUUUGGAAGGUUAUCGUGAAACUCGUCAUCAACUAUUCAAACUACGACCAUCGCAGCAAGCUUCCUGGAUAGGAUUUACAAUGAGUUACCACUUGUUGGGUGACUAUGAAACGGCCAAUAUUAUUUUGGAGACUUUCAGACAAUCGCAAGCUUUAGUUGAAAACUACGAUUACAGAAACAGCGAAUUGCUGCUUUAUCAAAAUCAGAUUCUCAUAGAAUCGGGAAAUUACGAAAAAGCGCUUGAACAUUUGACAAAAUUUUCAGCGCAGAUAUUUGAUAAAUUAUCGCUUAAGGAGGCCAUGGGAGACUUGCACAUAAAGUUGGGCCAGCAGAGUUUAGCGGUGCCUAUAUACGAACAGCUGAUAAAAAGGAACCCCGAGAACGUGCUGUACUACGCUAAGUACUUCGAAGCGAAGGGAAUUACGGAUAAUGGGUCCAAAUUGGCUGAAUAUAAGAAAUUUCAGGAAUCAUAUCCGUAUGCAAUGUGUCCCAAGCGCCUGCCGUUAGAUAUUGCAUUUGGCGAUGAAUUCCGAGAAAUUAUCGACGGAUACUUGCGCCGUGGCCUACGAAAAGGUGUCCCGCCUCUGUUCGUUAACGUUCGUUCUCUUUAUAAAGAUCCUGAGAAAACUAGCAUUAUAUCACAACUUGUCCAUGAAUAUCAUCAAAAUUUGAAUGAGAGCGGUCAUUUCUCGAAGGAUGAUUGUGAACAAAAGAAGCCUGUGGAGCCGGCUUCCGCGCUUCUUUGGACGCUACUGUUUUUGUCGCAGCACUACGACUUUUUGCGUGACACAGAUAAAGCGCUGAAAUAUAUCAACCUAGCAAUAGAUCAUACACCGACGUUAAUAGAAUUAUUUGUGACGAAAGGACGCAUUUACAAACACGCCGGGAAUCCAGUGGAGGCGUAUAAAUGGCUGGACGAAGCGCAGAGCUUAGAUACAGCCGAUAGAUACAUUAACUCAAAGUGUGCGAAAUACAUGCUACAGGCGAACUUGAUUACGGAGGCAGAGGAGAUUUGCGCUAAAUUCACCAGAGAGGGCAUUUCAGCGAUGGAGAAUUUGAAUGAAAUGCAGUGCAUGUGGUUCCAAACGGAAUGCGCUCUCGCAUAUCAACGUCUUGGCAAAUGGGGAGACGCUCUGAAGAAAUGCCACGAAGUCGAUCGACAUUUCGCGGAAAUCAUUGAGGACCAAUUUGAUUUUCACACGUAUUGCAUGCGAAAAAUGACAUUACGUUCUUACGUCGGACUUUUACGGCUUGAAGACGUGCUCAGAGCUCAUCCGUUCUACUUUAAGGCCGCCAAAUGUGCCAUCGAGGUGUAUAUUAGGCUUUUUGAUAAGCCUCUGGAGAGUGAAAAAACGGUUGAGGAAAUCGAUACAGAAAACUUGCCCCCCGCGGAAUUGAAAAAGUUGCGCAACAAGCAAAGAAAGGCCAAGAAAAAGGCGGAAAUAGAAAGCGCGCAGGCAGCUCAGGCAGCAUCCAAAAAAGAACAACAUCAAAAAUCAAAGCAACAAAAUCCUCAGGAAGCUGAUCCUGAAGCUCCGCAACUCGACGAGUUGAUUCCUGAGAAGCUCGAAAGACCAGAAGAUGCACUGGAGAAGGCAAUAGAUUUCUUGAAACCGCUGCAGACCCUGGCCAAAGAUAGAAUCGAAACGCAUUUACUAGCAUUCGAAGUGUAUUCGCGAAAGAACAAAAUCCUUCUCAUGAUCCAAUCAGUGAAACGAGCGCGUAAGCUAGAUUCGACAAACCCCGUGCUGCAUGCGUGCAUUGUGAAGUUACUCAUAGCUUUAACCGAAGAAAACGUAAACAAUUUUCAUCCUAGCGUAAAAUCAGUUGUGGAAAAGGUUCGCACCGAGCUGAGUGGGGGAAAGACAGCGAGCGCCUUGAAUGACGACUUCAUUCGGAAAUAUGAAAAGUCAGUUCCUCAUUUACUCGAGGGAGCUAAGAUGAUGUACAUAUUGGACCGGAGUAAAAAGGAAGAAGCUAUCAAACUGGCAACUUCGUUCGACAUGGAAAACGCUUGCAUUGAGGAUUGUACGAAAGUGUUUGAAUGUCUUCGUUGUGGGGAGUUUGGCGAGUGCGAGGAACAACUGAAAACGUUCAAGGAACGUUGCCACAAACGUUUCAAAUACGCUUGUUUAUUCAGUGAAGCCAAAUCCGAGGAGAAUCACGGGGACGAGGUUCCCGACACACAAACUGCAAACUCAUAAGAAUUUAAGUGUUUAGGGGAGAAAGUUGAGCGAAGGCAAAUGCAAAUUACAGCGACAUUACUAUAGAAACGAACUAACUCCUAUCUACGGUUACAAUUACAACGUCAAAAGGAAAUUUGGAUAACUUUGGAAACUAAUAGACAUGAAAUUUUGAAAAUCUUCGUAUUGUAUUCUCAAGUGAUCGUUUAAAUAGAAAGUCAAAAUGU